AUCGACCUCACUCACAUCUAGCUCUGUGUCUCGCGCUUCAGUCGUGAGGUAAAGUUUCGUCGAGUGAAACUUAGCGUUUAUUUUUUCCGAGCGACCUUUUUCAACUUUACAUCAAAACACAGCAACGAACGGACCGUAAACGGAUUUAAACGGAUGAAUUGCACACAUCUGGGACGUGAAGUAUUGUUUUUUUUGUUGUUUGGAUUAACGUUAGAGAGACGCGCAGUCACACGGACGCGCACAGGAUUGAGUUUCAGUCGCUUUUGAUGCGAGUCCGCAUCCAAUAUUAAAUGAACCCGAAUCUGUUUCGGAUUUGAACCAUAUAUUUAACUCACUUUUAAUAUGUGUGAAACACACAGCAAAGACAACAGAAGCUAGUUUACGAAGUUUUUCUCCUAAAGUUCUGCAUGAGGUGGAUGUGUGGACAAAGCAUUUGGGAAAGAAAAUCUAAAUUUGGUCUCUUAUCGGAUUGUGGGGAUUUGAGGGAUAAUUUAUCUGUAUGAUCUGAAUCUGAUGAGAUGGAUCAUGUGUGCUGGAUUAUUUCUCUCUUCUGGUUCGUGUUGACUGGACCGAUCACAGCAGAAGAAGAGGUGCUGAUGAACACAAAGCUAGAAACAUCGGAUCUGAGAUGGACCGUUUUCCCCAGCAGUGACCCUCAGUGGGAGGAGAUGAGCGGUUUGGAUGAAGAGGGAAACAGCGUCCGCACCUUUCAGAUUUGUCCAACAGAGAGUUCAGUGAGUCACUGGCUCAGGACGAGGUUUAUCCCGCGGCGCGGGGCGUCUCAGGUCUACGUGGAGAUCCGUUUCACCAUGAUGGAAUGUUCUGCCAUGCCGUCCAGCUACCGCUCAUGCAAAGAGACAUUUAACUUUUUUUACUGCCAGAGCGAUGAGGACAACGCCACCCCUACACACCCGGCGUGGAUGGAAAACCCCUACAGUAAGGUGGACACCGUUGCGGCUGACUUCCUGUUGCGGCGUGGGGGAGAGCGGAAGUCCAACGUGAAGACGGUGCGUGUGGGCCCUUUGUCGAAGAAGGGCUUUUAUUUGGCUUUCCAGGCUCAGGGGGCGUGUAUGGCCCUGCUGUCCAUCAGGGCCUUCCUCAAAAAAUGCCCUGCCGUCACCCGUGCCUUUUCCUCCUUCCCUGAAACGCUCCCUCAUUCACUGGUGCAGCAGGCCGAGGGCGUGUGUGUGGCGAACUCCGUCUCCACGGGACAGAACCCACACCCACCCACCAUGUUCUGUGGGGAGGACGGACAGUGGGUGGGGCCUCCGUCAUCGUCGUGUGCGUGUAAACCAGGGUACGAGCCGGUGGACUCUGAUCGCUGCAGAGCGUGUGGAUCGGGUCAGUAUAAAGCGUCCGUCGGCGGCGGUUUGUGUCGUGUGUGUCCAGAGAACAGCAACACACACUCGCUGGGUUCCAGUGUGUGUCUGUGUCGUCCGGGAUUCUACAGAGCAGCCAAUGACCUCCCUGAUACAGCCUGCUCCAAACCUCCGUCUGGGGCGCGCAGCAUCAUCGCUCAGGUCAAUGAUACGGUGGUAACUCUGGAGUGGUCUGAACCUCUGGACCGCGGCGGUCGCUCUGAUAUCACUUACAGCAUCGAGUGCGAGCGCUGCGGAGAGUCGUCCUGCGUUCCGUGUGCAGAUGGCGUCACCUACAGACCGGGGCAGGUGGGCAUCAGCGGGCGGCGGGUGGUGAUCCGCGGGCUCCUCCCACACACCACCUACACGCUCACGGUCCUCGCUCAGAACGGUGUGAGCGCCGUCGGUCACGUGAGCCCUGCCUCCACCGCAGUCAACAUCACCACCAGUAGAGACGUGUAUGUGCCUGUGUCAGGCAUCAAGAGGACUAAAGCGUCUGAGACCACCGUGUCCCUCAGCUGGGCGUCUCCCUCACAGACUCAUCACAGUGUUCUGGAGUAUCAGCUGAGAUACAGUUUAAAGGGUCAGGAUGACGGCUGGCAGUAUGUCAGCAGCAGGAGUAACUCUGUGGUUCUGAACAGUCUGGCUCGUGCGUCGCAGUAUCAGGUGCAGGUCAGAGCUCGGACCGCCGCGGGAUACGGCCACUUCAGUCCCUUCACCACAAUCAGCACGCUUCCUGAUGUUGAGGACUCCCCGUCUCAUCUGCUGCUCACUGGUGUGCUGGUUGCUGUGGGGCUGCUGGUUCUUGUUGCCGUGGUGAUUGUCGCUGUGUUUUGUUUCAGGCGCUCGAGCAGGAUGAGGGAUCCAGAUCCAGACAAGAGCAGUCAGUUUCUGAUGGGUCAGGGGAUCAAAGUGUACAUCGAUCCAUUUACAUACGAGGAUCCAAACGAGGCCGUGAGGGAAUUCGCCAAAGAGAUCGACGUGUCGUUUGUCAAAAUCGAGGAGGUUAUUGGUGCAGGUGAGUUCGGUGAGGUGUGUCGCGGCCGCUUGAAGGUUCCUGGUAAGAAAGAAAACUAUGUGGCCAUUAAGACAUUGAAGGGCGGCUACACAGACAAACAGAGGCGGGACUUCCUGUCUGAGGCGUCAAUCAUGGGUCAGUUCCAGCAUCCCAACAUCAUUCACCUGGAAGGAGUGAUCACAGCUUCCUGUCCCGUCAUGAUCCUCACCGAGUACAUGGAGAACGGGGCGCUGGACUCCUUCUUGCGGUUAAAUGAUGGUCAGUUCACUAACAUUCAGUUAGUGGGAAUGCUGCGUGGGAUCGCGUCAGGAAUGAAAUAUCUGUCAGAGAUGAGUUUUGUUCAUCGUGACCUGGCAGCACGCAAUAUUCUGGUCAACAGCAACCUGGUGUGUAAAGUGUCUGAUUUCGGCCUGUCCAGAUUCUUGACAGAGAACUCAUCUGACCCCACAUACACCAGCUCACUGGGUGGCAAGAUUCCAAUCCGCUGGACGGCUCCAGAAGCCAUCGCCUUCCGUAAAUUCACAUCAGCAUCAGACGUCUGGAGUUAUGGCAUUGUCAUGUGGGAGGUGAUGUCAUUCGGAGAGAGACCAUACUGGGACAUGAGCAACCAGGACGUGAUAAAUGCUAUCGAGCAAGAUUAUCGGCUGCCUCCUCCCCCAGAAUGCCCUGCGUCUCUGCAUCAGCUCAUGUUGGACUGCUGGCAGAAGGAGAGAUCGUCCCGGCCGCGUUUCUGCGCCAUCGUCUCAGCGCUGGACAGACUCAUCCGUAACCCCGCCUCCCUCAAGAUCACGGGACGCCUCACAGACGGGCCGUCUCACCCUCUGCUGGACCAGCGUCCUCUCCCACCUCUGUCUCAGUGCAGGUCAGUUUCUGAUUGGCUCAGAGCCAUUAAGAUGGAGAGAUAUGAAGAAAGAUUCUUGCAAGCCGGAUUCACCUCCAUCGAGCUCAUAUCACACAUCUGUACUGAGGAUCUUCUGCGUAUUGGAGUCACUUUAGCUGGACAUCAGAAAAAGAUUUUGUCCAGCGUCCAAACACUGAGAAUCCACAAGACCAGCGGCAGCCUGCAGUACUGACACGCCUUCCCAGCAUCCUCUCCUCCAACAAGCUCUUAAGGAUUUCAUCGAUCCGUCACACAAUGACUCAUCCAAUCACUGUUCAGCAUCACCCAUCCAAUCAGAGUCCAGCGUUCUGAGGGAACUGAAACACAGAUCAAGAGAAAGAUGGACAGAUGAUGUCAUCUGUCUCUGAGAUCCUCAUCUUCUCAUUCAUGUCUCCUCAACAGCAGGAGACAGACAGACAGACUGUGACUUCAUCAUUAUGAGGAUUAUUAUUGUUGUCAUGGCGACACUGACUUGAGAGUCCGGUUGCUGUAACUCCUGAACUUGAACCCAAGAGAAGGGAGUGGCAUGUUUGCCCCAUUGCAUUCUGGGACUUUAGCUGGAUCUUCACAUUGAAGGUCUAUUAUAAUUAUUAAAGCAAGAUUAUUUUGUAAUUAUUAUUUUGUAUUCACAAAAACAACAUGAGUAUGACUGAAUGUUUGUUUAGAAAAAGAGGAGGGCAGCUGUCAAUCAAACAGCGCGUCAUCUGUGUGAUCAAUCACAUUAAAGAUUUCAAAAGUUGGCCCCUCCCACCGAGAGCUUCAGCAUG